AGCUGCCUGGACCCUUUCACCAGCCGCCGGAGCCUGCAGGCGCUGGCCUGCCACGCCGGACUCUCCGCCUGCGAGGGGCCCGGCCUGGAGCCCCCAGACAUGGACGUGGUGCUGGAGGCCCUCAAGUGCCUGUGCAACCUCGUGCUCAGCAGCCCUGGGGCGCAGGUGCUGGCGGCCGAGGCCCGCCUGGCGGUGAAGCUCGCCGAGCGCGUGGGGCGGCACCGGGAGAGGAGCUUCCCGCACGACGUCCAGUUUUUCGACCUGAGACUCCUCUUUCUGCUGACGGCUCUCCGCACGGACGUGCGCCAGCAGCUGUUUCGGGAGCUGAACGGAGUGCGCCUGCUGACGGACACGCUGGAGCUGACGCUGGGGGCGACUCCUGAAGAGAGGGCGCCCGAGCUCCUUCCUCCCCAGGAGACCGAGCGCGCCAUGGAGACCCUCAAAGUGCUCUUCAACAUCACCUUGGACUCCGUCAAGAGGGAAGCGGAUGAGGAAGACGCUGCCUUGUACCGGCAUCUGGGGACCCUUCUACGGCACUGUGUGAUGAUUGCUGCUGCUGGAGACCGCACGGAGGAAUUCCAUGGCCACACAGUGAACCUUCUGGGGAACUUGCCCCUCAACUGUCUGGAUGUUCUCCUCACCCUGGAGCCGCACAAAGGAUCCUUGGAGUUCAUGGGAGUGAACAUGGAUGUGAUCCAUGCCCUCCUCGUCUUCCUAGAGAAGCGUCUGCACCAGACUCACAGGCUGAAGGAGAGCGUGGCUCCCGUGCUGAGUGUGCUGACAGAGUGUGCCCGGAUGCACCGCCCGGCUAGAAAGUUCCUGAAGGCCCAGGUGCUGCCCCCUCUGCGGGACGUGCGGACCCGGCCUGAGGUUGGGGAGCUGCUGCGGAACAAGCUGGUCCGCCUCAUGACCAGCCUGGACACGGACGUGAAGAGGGUGGCGGCUGAGUUCCUGUUUGUCCUGUGCUCAGAGAGCGUGUCCCGCUUCAUCAAGUACACGGGCUACGGGAACGCGGCUGGCCUCUUGGCCGCCCGGGGCCUUGUGGCGGGCAGCCGGCCCGAGGGCCAGUACUCGGAGGAUGAGGAUACGGACACGGACGAGUACAAGGAAGCCAAGGCCAGCAGCAUAAACCCGGUGACCGGGAGAGUGGAGGAAAAGCCGCCCAACCCCAUGGACGGCAUGACGGAGGAGCAGAAGGAGCACGAGGCCAUGAAGCUGGUGCACAUGUUCGACCGGCUCUCCAGGCACAGAGUCAUCCAGCCCAUGGGCAUGAGUCCCCGGGGCCAUCUCACGUCCCUGCAGGAUGCCAUGUGCGAGACCGUGGAGGGGCAGCUCUCCUCGGACCCCGACUCGGACCCCGACUGAGGAAAGCAGCCCUUCUCCCCCAUCAGAACUGGUGCUGCUUGCAGAGACUUCUUGGGCCUGCGACCUGGGAAAGCUACAUCCCGCUGGCCCCACACUCCCCCCAUCUU